CUGUGUGAGGUGCGCACCAUCCAUCGCUCUGCCAGAGACAGCAAGAGGAGGAGAGGGAGGAAAACAUACAGCACACGGGCGAACACUCAGGAGCAUCAUGGCACCGAUUGGAUUAAAGGCGGUCGUUGGCGAAAAGAUUAUGAAUGAUGUUAUCAAGAAGGUGAAAAAGAAGGGAGAAUGGAAGGCUCUGAUAGUGGACCAGCUCAGUAUGAGGAUGCUCUCCUCUUGCUGCAAAAUGACUGACAUCAUGACAGAGGGCAUCACCAUUGUUGAAGACAUUAACAAGAGAAGAGAGCCUCUGCCCUCCUUGGAGGCCAUUUACCUGAUCACCCCAACUGAGAAGUCUGUGCAGACUCUCAUUAAUGACUUCAAAGAUCCUCAUACAGGGAAAUAUAAAGCGGCUCAUGUGUUCUUCACUGACACUUGCCCGGACCCCCUGUUUAAUGAAGUGGUCAAGAGCCGGGCCUCUAAAACCAUUAAAACCCUGAAUGAGAUCAACAUUGCAUUCCUGCCCUACGAGUCCCAGGUGUUCUCUUUGGACAACCCUGAUGCCUUCCAGAGCUUCUACAGCCCUCAUAAGACACAGCUGAAGAACCCCGUGAUGGAACGGCUGGCCGAGCAGCUGGCCACACUGUGUGCCACACUGAAGGAGUACCCUGCUGUACGAUACCGAGGGGAAUACAAAGAUAAUGCCACUCUGGCUCAGUUGCUUCAAGACAAACUGGAUGCUUAUAAGGCAGAUGAUCCCACAAUGGGGGAGGGUCCAGACAAGGCCCGCUCUCAGCUCAUUAUUCUGGAUCGAGGUUUCGACCCUGUCUCCCCCGUCCUACACGAACUCACCUUCCAGGCUAUGGCAUACGACCUGCUGCCCAUCGAGAACGACGUCUACAAGUAUGAUACCAGCGGCAUGGGUGACUCUCGUGAGAAGGAAGUCCUUCUGCAUGAAGACGAUGACCUCUGGGUGGCACUACGACACAAACAUAUCGCUGAGGUGUCUCAGGAAGUGACACGCUCCCUGAAGGAAUUCUCUGCCAGUAAACGGAUGAGCACAGGAGAGAAGACCACCAUGAGGGACCUGUCUCAAAUGCUCAAGAAGAUGCCCCAAUAUCAGAAAGAGCUCAGCAAGUACUCUACCCACCUGCAGUUGGCUGAGGACUGCAUGAAGCACUACCAGGGAACCGUGGACAAGCUGUGCCGCGUAGAACAGGAUCUUGCUUUGGGAACAGACGCAGAGGGUGAAAAGAUUAAAGACCCCAUGAGGGCCAUCGUGCCAAUCUUGCUGGAUGCCAACGUCAGUACCUACGACAAGAUCCGCAUCAUCCUGCUCUACAUCUUCCUCAAAAAUGGGAUCACAGAGGAGAAUCUUAACAAGCUGAUCCAACACGCCCAGAUCCCUCCCGAGGACAGUGAGAUCAUCACCAAUAUGGCUCACCUGGGCGUCCCCAUCAUCACAGAUUCAACCCUCCGCAGAGGCAAAAAGCUUGACCGUAAGGAGCGUGUGAGCGAGCAGACCUACCAGCUUUCUCGGUGGACCCCUCUGAUUAAGGACAUUAUAGAGGAUGCUAUCGAUGACAAGCUGGACACCAAACACUAUCCGUACAUCUCAACACGCUCAUCCUCUUCCUUCAGCACUUCUGCAGUCAGUGCCCGAUAUGGCCACUGGCACAAGAAUAAAACCCCUGGAGAGUACCGCACAGGCCCACGUAUCAUGGUUUUCAUCCUCGGAGGCAUGUCCUUUAGCGAGAUGCGCUGUGCCUAUGAAGUCACACAGGCCAACAGCAAAUGGGAGGCCAUCAUUGGUUCUACUCACUCGCUCACCCCCACCAAAUUUCUAAUGGACCUGCGGCACCCCGACUUCCAAGAAUCCACUAGGGUAUCCUUUGAGGACCCUGACCCCUCAGAUGAGUGAGAGAGAGAAAGAGGGAAGGGUGGAAAAAGAGAAAUCUCACUGACAAAGUUCGACCCAUGUCGUCUCCCCCACCAUGCUCCUCGACUCUCUCAAGGCCAUGAACAAACCCGAUGAGGAGCAGACAAGCUAAAAUCACAAUUCCCCCCCCCAAACCCUCACCCUAUUCGUCCAUUACCCUGAAAAUCGCACCUGCUCCUAUAUAAAUUGUGUAUGCAUCUUACUUGAAAGUAAAAAAACAAAAACAAGAGAAUAUUCUAUACAUUUGUGUGUGUGUGUGUGUGUGUGUGUGUCAUAUAUAUAUAUAUAUAUAUAUAUAUAUAUAUAUAAAAUGUUGAAAUAAAAGAAUCAUUGCAAGUAUUCUGUUACAAUGGAUGCAAGUGAUUAGACUGUCAAACUGAGUUUUAAUUAUAAAUUGCCAUUUAAAAACCUGAAAGUACCAAAUGUAAUAUUGUAUGUUAUGGAACCUGGUAGAAUGUGUAAAUGGUAGAUCCCUUUGCGUUUGUUCCUUAUUUAACUCAGUGUGUUUUUUAAUGGUUUAAUGGUGGGUGGGGGUGGGACUGGUUUGUAUGCAAAUGAACCAGUGAGGUAAGAUUACGCAUAUCACUUCCUAUGCUGAAGACUAAACUGCUGCACAGUUUAGACGCUUUGGGUUUAGAUGUGGUCUCAUUUUAGGUGUGCAUGCUACGGACAUUACUAUGUUUCCCUUUUGAAAAAUAAAUAAAUAAUGAAAACCUGUGUUAAGAUGUGUAAAAAUGAAAUAAUAAGCAUCUUCUGGGACUUCAGUGGUGAAGAUGAAGGAAACAAAGGAGUAAAAAGUGAAAGAGACACUGUACAUAGAUAGUGGACGUCACCUUCCUUCAGUCACGAUUUUGGGAGCAUUUUAUCUCUGCAUCCUUUUAUUUUCAUGUCUCAUUCUGCAGAGACUUCAUGGUUUAGUGUCAAGAAGGCUGUUGCUCGCAAAUGUUUAAGGAAUUAAAAAAAAAGGGCCAGUUGUGCUUCAGUAUUGUAUCUUGUCAGAUUUAGUCUUUAUCGUUGGUUAGUAAACAGUGUUUAACUGGGCCAUGCACUGAGUAGCGUGUUGUUAUAUAUGCCAUAUGUUACUGUUUUUUUUUGUCUCAGCUGUUGAUUGGUGCAAAUUUCUAACUGUGAAGUAGUAAAACCUUCCUUUGCCAAUGUAAAGCCACUGUGUUUCUGACCUUUUAGCUGUAGCUCUAGUGAUAAACUGGGAAAAAAUAGGUAAUAUCUAUCUUUUGUUUGUAUGUCUGAUUAUUUAUGGUGCAAUGUUAUAUCUUCCACUGUUGGAUGGCUUUGCAAAUGCAACCCCCUUUUGCACAUUUCGGUUUCCUCUUUACUCUUCUGGCAGACAGGUUGUAUAUUGCACUAUGCGUUUUCUGUGAUGCAAACGCUUAUAUGGUUCUCUCUCUAUUUUUUAUUUAUUACCUUAUUUUGGUUUGCUGUUGUAUAACGCUCACUGUGUCUACUGAAUUGAUUUCUAUUAAAUUUAUUUUUCAGAGAAUAUCAAUAAAUAAGAACGUAGUCUUAAACCUAUUGAACUUACUGGGAUUCUAUGUUUGCGAGUGUUGAAGCACAAACUGAAGUUUACUUCAUGUAUAAAGUAUACCGAUGUACUACGGCUGUCUAAUAAAUUGGCUUCCAUUACAAA